UGGUUUGAGUUUGAUUUGAUUGAAUUUGAAAUGCUUCAUCUGAAACACUGUUUUGUUAUUUUUUUUAAGACACGUACGUUUGAAUUAAAAUAAACUUGUGUAAAUUGCUCGUGUAAGUGUGCCAGGCCAGCGACAAACAUCUUUCUAUGCAUAUUGGAGUUUUUGACUAAAAUAAAUGUGCAACAAGUUAAACAUGAAAAAGUUCUGAAACACUUUGCCAGAAAUGAACUCACAAAAGGAAACCCUAAUAAAAAUUGAUGAAGGAAAUGAAGAAUCAAAUAAAAAGUCAGAGAUUAAUAUUCUGUGCUUGGACUUAACUCCUUUUAGCCACUUGACACAGUUUGCGUGUUGCACAGCAUUUGUUUUUAUAUGUUAUUUAGGCUAUGGUUAUUAUUUAGAAUUAAUAUUCUCCGCACCGGAGAUCAAGCCAGUUAGCCUUUACAUAACAUUAGUUCAGUUUUUAAUUACAAUGUUACUAAGUUAUAUAGAAUCUGUUAUAAGGAACCCAAUCAAAAGAAAAGUGCCAUUAAGAAUUUAUGCAGUAAUAGCUGCCUUAACAUUAGGAACCAUGUCACUAUCUAACCUAGCACUGAGCUAUCUGAACUACCCAACACAGCUGAUAUUCAAGAGUUGCAAAUUGAUCCCCGUAAUGAUAGGUAGCAUUAUUAUAAUGGGGAAGAGAUAUGCCUUCCUGGAUUACGUGGCAGCUGUAGUUAUGUGUAUAGGACUUACUAUGUUCACUAUAGCUGAUUCUAAAACAUCAUCAAACUUCAAUAUUGUAGGCGUGAUCGUGAUCUCCCUCGCGUUACUCUGCGACGCUAUAAUCGGCAACGUGCAAGAGAAAGCCAUGAAGCAGUACCAGGCCUCCAAUAACGAAGUGGUGUUCUAUUCGUACGCAAUAGCCAGCGGUUACUUGCUUGCUUUCACCGGAGUCAGUGGGAUUUUGUAUGACGGAUUCAUAUAUUGUGCUAAGACGCCAUUCGUAAUAUACCCCAACAUCUUCCUGCUAAGCGUCGGCGGGUACAUGGGACUACAAGCAGUUUUGACAUUAGUCCGAAUCAGUGGCGCCACCAUCGCUGUCACAGUCACAACUAUGAGGAAGGCUCUGUCUAUCAUCAUAUCCUUCUUGUUCUUCAGCAAGCCGUUCGUCUUCCAGUAUGUAUGGUCGGGCAUGUUAGUCGCACUGGCGAUAUAUCUGAAUCAUUACAGCAAGAAAAACCCGCAUUACAUUCCUGAGUCGUUACUAAGCUGUUGGACAUAUUUGAAUUCAUUCAACAAAAUUGCAAAGACUAGAAGCAAAAUAUAUGCUGACACAGUUUAGGUCUAUGUGAAUGAGGUCCAAUUUCUUAUUUUUAAUAUUGCAUUAAAAUUUGGUGUACCUAAAUGCUGUUUAAGACCUCUUUAUUGUAGUUUUCUUCCUCCUAACUUUAGUUCCGGGUGACAUCCUAACCUCUCUGAAGCUCGGGUUGCGCCUUUUGAUAUGAUCCAGGAUUGGAUUAGGUAUGUCGCAUUAUUUUAUGUAAUGUUACCUAACUAUAUGAAAAGACUUUUAACCCUUAAAACGAUAUAGUUGACGUCUAUUUCAAGGACUGGCUUUUUUUUCUACUUUGAUUUUUAAACCCUAAUAGGCAAUAGCGGACUUAUCUGUAGAUAUUCGGGAUUAUUUAACUGCCUCUCACAAGGUCCGAAUAUGUUGUUAUUUUAUGACAUAAUACACACAGUAUUUAAGAACACGAAUGCACUCACUGGCUUAUACUGACAAGUCACUACAAUCAUAAGUUAUAAAGUGCGUAGCAACGUGCAUUCCAUAAAUGUAUUUUAGUAAUAGACUUAUAACUACUGCCUGUACAUACAAAUAGUCACGUCCAUAUCCCAACAGUCUUGAAAAGACGAAUAGGCCAAAUUAGUUGUUUUAAAAAAAUAUCCCAAGUUUAUAAGCAUAUCCCUUAGUCGCCUUUUACAACAUCCAUGAGAAGGAGAUGGAAUGGUCCCAUCCUUUUCUGUGCUAGUGCCGGGAACCACACUGUAUUUUUUCAAAUUCGACUGCGUAAAAUGCCUAUCGUGUGACAUAUUGUUGGACGUCUCUGAUACUGUAGGUAGAUAGUUGUGCUAUGGAAAACAUUGCUUUAUCGGUGCUCUAGCUAGUUCGUAAAGUGGCCUGUAAACGGGCUUUAAAAAUUACCAAUUGCUGCAAUAAUAUCGGGUAUCGACAAAUUUGUUGAUCAAUAUAGUUCAAUAUAUUUGCAACUACCUCUUGCUGCAAUUGUAUUGUGCAAAACACUAGUGAGAAUUUUAGAAAUUUCUUCCAUAUCGGGUGGCGCCUACGUCUUUUCAUCUGUAUAUGAGUACCUAAAACAAUUAACAAAAAAAAAGUGAAUUUUGUUGAGUGGUUUGAUUUAAUCCUUUUUACUUUUAUAUACAGAAGAUAAUUGAGGCAAGUAGACAGGCAAAUGCUGUCGGAUUAUAGACGAAUUUAUACAAAUAAAUUUUAUUUAAUGUUUUUAAGAAAUAAUGAAAUUAUGUAGAGUAGGUAGUUCUAUAUUUUAAACGAAUUUUAAUUAGCCUUGUCUGUGAUGUCUACAUAGGUGAGAUUAGAUUUGAAACGAAUGUCUGUCCGUUUUGAUAUCAUAUCAAUAAUAAAGCAUUUAAUUUUUAUCUGUUAUUUUAUAAUUUUUAAUGAUUAAAAGAAAUUCUUUAUUUAUUGGAUGUUUGAAUUGUAAAAUUCCAAUGUGUAGUAAUAUUGAUUUUAGUGUUAUUGUGUACUCGUACGGGCGAUUGGCCUAUGAAUGAUUGGACGAAAUAGGUACUUUUUGUCAUCGAGAUGUCGAACGUCGCAAAAAUUAAAGAGUCCGUUCAAUCGAUGAAAAGCCAUGUUAUCGAAGUGUUUUUUUAGUGUAAUUACUUGAAAAUAAUGUAAUGCUCUUAGGGCAAACACCCGUCGAUACAAUUUCACUAAAUAUUUAUUGACCCACAACUAGAAUAAGACUGUCAAAUUUGACGUUUCACAUUUUAAUCAGAGUUCAGGAUCCAAGAUAAAAACCUAUUGAAAUAAUUUGUGAAAUAAAGUAGAAAUGUCACUUGUUGGUAAUCGACAAAGCUUACCGACUAUUUAAAUCAUAAUUAAACGUGAAAAAUGUGUUUUAAUUUAUAUUUAAAGUAACAAGACAGAAAGUGGCCAUAUUGGUAAUAUCUCAAAUUUGACAUUUGUUAAUAUUCUAGUUGUGGUGAGAUGGGAAUGUAAUUUCAGAUUUUACAAUGAUUUCAUGUUAAACUAGUGUUUCUAAUGCUAAGUACUUUGUAAUAAAAAACUUUAUUUAUUUAUAUCAAUGA